UGCCCAUCUCAGGCAUGGGGAGGGACCAAGGUGGGUCACCCUAGCCUAUUAGUAACCCUAGUUCCUUCCCAUCCAGGAAAUAACAAUCCUGACAGGAGUUUCUUCAGUCCAGAGUUGAUCAAUUGCAGCUCUCCAACCUGUUGAAGAAUUGGGGGUUCUUAUAAGGCUCCCCCAGGGCCUAGCUCUGACAAACCGUCUGCAAUUAAUGAUGCUUCCUGAGCUCUGGAGACAGGAUUUAUGCAUCUAAUAAAGUCUGUAACUCCAGGCUUAGGCCGGGGGUAGGAAGCUGAGAGCAGAAAGUCCCCAGGGGGAUAUGAGAGGGGGUCCCAGGUGGCUCUUAAUAGAGCCAUGCAUUUCUGUUGCCUGUCUAGAUUUCCCUUCAGGCUGCUGCUGAGGUGGGGGCGGGGACAGCAGGUAUAAGAGGAUGGUGUGCCAGUGGGGAGGUGGAUGGCAGCAUGGAUUCCAAGCAGGUUGCUGUGCUGCUGCUAUUGCUGCUGCUGCUGGACUCGGGUCAUUCUGAAGAACCAGGGAGCCGGGAUGGAGACCAGGUCUUUGCAGAAGAAGAUGAGGGACCCCACCCACCACAGUAUGCCCAGACUCCUGGGACCCUCUUGCGUUUUCUGCUCCAGGCCAUGGAGAGACCUGGCAGAAGCCCAGUCUUCCUGUUUCAUCCUCAGAGGUUUGGCAGAAAUACCUGGGGGUCCUGGAGCAAAGAGCAGCUAAGUCCCCGGGCUAGAGAGUUCUGGAGCCUGGCUGCCCCUCAGCGCUUUGGGAAGAAGUAACAGCAUCAUCCUUGUGAUGUGUCUGCAUGCAAAAUCACCCCCUAUGUGCCAUGUGUGCCCC